CUAGAGGAUGCUCGUCGCUUUGCGAAUGCGCGCCUCGCCUGCUUGAUGAUUGCCAACUAUUCCUAGCCUUGUUUCCGAAGCAGAAGCGAUCCAUACCCGCACCCCGGCCCCCAAGCCGCUCCUGCCUCUGCCCCGCAGCGCCGCUCGCGGCGUAGGUCUAUGGGCGCAGGAUGAACUUCGAAGACGACGACGAGAAUGGCGCCGGCUCUCCAGACACGAGCUCCGACAACGAUGCGGACGAGGUUAUGGAGGACGUCGACGACGGCGAUGCAGAUGCAGAUGCAGAUGCCGAUGCUGAUGCGGAUGAUGGAGACGACGACGCAGAUGAUGGGGACAAUGAUGAUGACGAUGCAAAUGGAGACAAUGACGACGAAGACCAGGAUGAUACAGAAAGCCCCUCGCAGUCCCAGCAGCCUCGUAGCAGCCUGCCGAAUGGCGUGUCUGGCACCCCUGGGCCAUCGCGGACGGGAACAAAUCCAACAGUCACAUUGACUUCACCCUCACCACGAGCUGCAUCCAUAUCCGCUGGCGGCUUCCCUUUCCGCCCCAGCGUCCGCCCGGAAGCGCUCACGGCGCCUGUCUACGAUAUCGUGCCCACAAUCGCCGCACCUCACAGUACCUCUAUAAAUGCGGUCACAGCGACACCGGACAUGCGCUGGGUGUUUAGCGGAGGCGCCGAUGGAUACAUUAGGAGGUUCAACUGGGUGGACACCGCGAAUGGGAAGCUGGCACUGACCGUAGCCCAGCGGCAUCCAUUUGUGGAUAGCGUCACAAAGGCUGGAGUGUUGCUGAGCUAUUGGGAGAAUGAAGACAGCUCGGACCGCAUGGCAGACGACUCGGUCAGCCUAUCACCGGUUUACUCGCUUGCCGUUCAUCAUCAGUCUCUCUGGCUCCUGUCCGGGGUCGAAUCUGGUGGGAUAAAUCUACAAUCGGUGCGCCACGAGGAAGGGAAGCGAAUACAUACCCUUCGACAGCACACAUCUGCGGUGUCAGUCUUGACAUUAGCUCAAGACGAGAAGUCAGUGCUCUCUGGGAGUUGGGACAAAACCAUCAACGACUGGGAUCUCAAUACCGGCCAGGUCAAGCGGCGAUUCAAAACCAGUGGUAGUCAGAUUUCCGCCAUUGAGCAGCGACCGUUGUCCACAUUACCUAUUCCACAAGACACCGAUAUUGUGCCGGUCUCGAACGGCACGUUUUCGUCAAAUAACGCUUCGCGACCAAAGGCGAACGGAGUUCUCGCGAAUGGUGUUGGUUCAUCGACGCAGUCGACUCUAGCCAAGGAAGAGAACGGCAACGAAGACGCCGCUGGCUCGCCCGAAGAUUCCCUGUUCGGAGAUAAAGAUUCGUUAUUUGGAGACGACAAGGAUCCCUCAAAUGGCCCGUCUGCCCUAGCACCAUUCGGAGACGAUGAUGAAGACGAAUUUUCAAGAGCUAUUGCCAAUGGCAUUCAACAAGCCGACGAAGAUGCUCAAGCAGACCUCGACAUGAUGGAGCUUGGAGGACCAGUCCGACCUCCCCAGCCAGAUCAAGCCCCCGAAACCCUCAAAGAGCCUCCAGCGCCUGCGCAAACUGAACCACUGUUAAAUGGAGUUGUCGAUACCGAUUCGGGCCCAAAUGUCAACGGUCUUCCGCAUGCUGAAGAGAUAUCAGGGCCGUCUGGAGCGAGCUCAAGUGCCCAAGCCGAACAACCGGCUUCGUCUGAGACCACAUUCGUUGAUGCAUCGAUAGAUGGAGCGUUGCGGAUAUGGGAUCGUCGGCAGUCGAAUCCAGUCGCCCGCAUAGCACCUCCGAGGAAUACCCCACCGUGGUGCAUGAACGCCUGCUGGUCGCCAGACGGCAAUUUCAUCUAUGCAGGAAGAAGAAACGGCACCGUAGACGAGUACAGUCUUCACAAAGGGCUGAGAGAGCCGAGAAGGACCUUCCGAUUCCCCAGCGUGAGCGGCGCUGUGAGCGCUGUCAGAGCGAUGCCAAACGGCAGACAUCUUGUGUGCGCAUCGUAUGAUAUUCUCCGGUUAUAUGACUUGCGUGAGCAGGAGAACACAAAAUCUGCGGUUCCCUUUUUGAUCGUUCCAGGCCACCGCACGGGCGUCAUUUCGCAGCUGUACGUUGAUCCUACUUGCUCCUUCAUGAUCUCAACGGGCGGAAACAGGGGAUGGGAAGGGAGUACAACAGAGGUGUUACUUGGCUACGAAAUCGGGUUUGGGUCGUGA